UACAUUUAGCUAGAAGCAAGCUAGAAGCAAGCUAGCUAGCUACCUCAACUAUCUUGGUUUCACAAGAUAAAUUAGCGAUUUCACACUACUAACUAAGUGCAUUGUAAUGAAAAUAUAAUGACUGCAUUGGGCGCUUCUGUUGAACAAAAAUCUAUUGGAAAAUGUUUGCUGUAUAACUGGGUAGAGGAGCGGGCCACUGCCGUCCUUGACAAUGAGAGGCCCAGAGCGCACAUCCACAAAAAUGGACAUAAAGGGAUUCUCACUAUGGAUCUGUCAUCCAAAGUUCAAGGUGUCACCACGGUGAAUGAUGCUUUCACCCCUCCCAAGGGUCAUGGAGUGAGACAAAGAGGCCUCAGAGGAGAACUUUUGGAAAAUGAUCUGCUCAAGAAAAUAAGUGAGCAGAUACAUGCAGAAUUUAACCCUGACCCUCCGAAAACAGAGUUCUGCUCCACUACCAAAGAGGACUACAAAGUUGAAGGCUUUCAGCCUUCCCUGCCUUCACCACUAAAGGAGCAUGACUACAAAAGCGAUCAGGCAAUUACCUUUUGGAGUGAGAAUCAUCAUCAGAUACAGGGUGUGACAGCGGUGAGAACCAGGGAUACCCCAUUCAAGAUGAACGCCACCUUCAGCACACCUAUCAGUGAACACAUGGAUGACAAGCCUAUUCUGUACACACCGGAGAAUUAAGCUGUUACUCAUGUGAGCAUUGGACACAGUGGUAUUAAAUUAUUGUUCCAUAAUAUUGUGUAUGAAUAUUGCUCUGUUUAUCAUUUCAAUUAGGUCUAGGAAAUUAGGAAAGUGUUUUUCCACCGUUAGAAAGAGAGGCACACAGAAGCCUCCGCCUUACAGAUGUCAGAAAUAUUGAUGUUCAUGCAGCCUCCUUACUUUAGAGAGCAUGGCUCCGAUUCAGAUUCGUGUUCUGUCAAUCAAGAGACAAGUCUACAUGGUGUUCCUCUCUCCUCUCGCUUUCAGCAGAGAUUAUAGGCGGUAGCUAUGGCAACAAGUAAUUUUAGACUACAUUUAUGCAGAUUUUCCCCCAAAACAUUUCAUUACCUCAUGGGAUUAGAGGGGGAAACAAUUGAUGUCUGAAACAGAUGCCAUUUAGCUACUUCCAGCCAAGUGAAAUAUAUUGCAUAUAAUUGUUUUAAUUCAAAUUAACUGUGAUAAAGUAAAUAUUUCCUUGAAUA